ACCACUAAGGCAACCCAAACCAAACCACUCUAGUGAAAACCAUACAUAAUAACGCCUCUUAUUUUCUUCUCUUCUGCCUCCAAAUAUUUGCAAACAAGAGAAGAAAGAAGCUCCCUUGCUGAAAAUACCAACUCUAUAUCUAUCAAUUUUUGAGUCAUUUUGAAACACAAGUCACAAUGGCAGCAUUUAUCCGAAGAAUGGCAGUCACCUAUUUUUUUGUGACAUUGUUUUUUUCAGCAGAUAUUGGAUUUUUUGGACGUGUUGCAUCAUUUGGAAUCAACUACGGCCAAGUAGCUAACAAUUUGCCUUCACCAGACAAAGUCCUUGAACUAUUCAGCAACUUGAAGAUCACCAAAACAAGAAUUUAUGACACCAAUCCUCAGAUUCUGAGUGUUUUUGCUCAUUCAAAUGUUGAGGUCAUUGUGACAAUUGAGAAUCAAAUACUAAACCAGUUGAAUGAUCCCCAACAAGCCCUUCAAUGGGUGAGUGGCCACAUAAAACCGUACCUCCCUGGCACAAAGAUCACAGGGAUUCAAGUGGGGAAUGAGGUGUUCACUGAUGGUGACACCACUCUUAUUCAAUAUCUUGUACCAGCAGUUGUUAACAUUCACAAUGCUCUAGUUCAGUUAGGCAUAGACUCCAACAUUCACGUUUCAACACCAUGUUCCUUGCAAGUGCUUCAAGAAUCUUACCCUCCUUCAGCUGGUAGUUUCAAGAGUGAGAUCUCUGGGAUCAUGUCCCAAUUUUUAAACUUCUUGUCCACUACCAAGGCACCCUUUUGGAUCAAUGCCUAUCCUUACUUUGCUUACAAGGAUGACCCUAAUAAGAUUUCAUUGGACUAUGUAUUAUUCAAUCCUAAUGAAGGCAUGGUUGACCCUAACACCAACCUACACUAUGAUAACAUGCUUUAUGCUCAAGUUGAUGCAGUCUCAUUUGCCAUUGCUAAAUUGGGUUUUAGUGGCAUAGAGGUUAGGGUCUCUGAGACUGGUUGGCCUUCCAAAGGGGACCUCGAUGAGGCUGGUGCCACAGUGCAGAAUGCUCAAACGUACAACAGGAAUUUGUUGAGAAGGCAAAUGGCAAAUGAAGGGACACCACUGAGUCCUAGAAUGAGGUUGGAAGCAUACUUUUUUGCAUUGUUCAAUGAAGACUUGAAGACUGGAGCAACCUCCGAAAGGAACUAUGGCCUCUUUCAACCUGAUGAGAGUAUGACUUACAAUGUAGGCCUGGCUGCUUUUGCAGCCUCAUCCACUUCAGCCACUUCAAUUUCUCUUAGCUCCUCUGCCACUAAGACAAAGGUAUCAUCAAAAGAAUUUCAAAGCUUGUUCUUCUGGAUGUGUGUGUAUUUGCUGACUUCAGCCCUUUGUGGCUUUGUUUGAGAAGAAUAUUAUUAUUAUUAUCCUUUGGAGUGAUUCAUUUGUAUAUAUCAAAAUAACGAAAAGUUGGGAUUUUACAUCCUUCAAGUUGCAAAAUGGAGUAUCUCUAGUAUAAUCUAUAUUAAAGGUACCUAUUUUGCAGAAAUCAGGACCAACACACUUCCUAAUCGAUGGGGCAACGAAGAGGCAUGGCAAUUCAUUUCAAGUUCAAUUGGAAGAUCACCUUUUAUUGAGUGCUACACUUUCACCCAUUUACCCCACCAUUAUUAGUCACAAUCCAGCAAGAAGCAUGUGGUGAUGACGUUAGAUUGAGCUUAUUUUUAGGUAGAUAAGGUCCAAAAGCCACCUUAUUCUUUUAUUAUAUGAAUUGUCAAAUAGGAAAUAUGUUUGUAUAUUGCUGAUUCUGUAGAAUUGUUUUGAUUCAUCCAAAGAAGAAAACAAUAUAUGCGUAAGUUGCUGCUUGAGGAAAAGGUGUUGACUAUAGAGGCUAGUCCUGUCUGCCUUAUGCCUCACCUCAUUGGAUGCUAAUAAAAGCCCCUUAUUAUGGGACGUGGAAUCCAUAACUGUUCUCGUUUGUGUAUAAAUAAAUAUAAAAGUAAUUCCUGGUAUUA